AUGAGCGAUCUCACGUCUGAACAAAUCGCCAAAGCGCUGAAAGGGUCCGGUUUAACUACGGAACAACGGAUCGUUACAGCUACCGAAGCAUGGCAGAAUGAAACCAUCUUUUUCCCAAAUAAAGAUGACUUUUUGUUCGAAUGGUUAUGUACCUCGUUGACGAAAUACAAUCAGAAACGGUUAGCAAACUAUCAGCUGCAAACUUGA